GGGCCUCAGAAAUAGAAGCUUCUGGCACGAGGUGGCGCAACAAUCGGCAGAGAAAGUUAUCUCAUGUCGUUCGGCGGAGAUCGUCGAGAUGUUCGAGUUCGACGCUUUCGUCGCUUGCCACCGCAGACAAUUGGAAUCUGCCGGAGUUCCGAGCUAUCUGUGGUCCACUCUUUUCGUUAAACUGCAGAAUAACAUCUUUGAUGCUGGAAAUGUGUUUACUGUAAUAAAAAUUGAAUAUACUGAUGAAAAUGAAGUAACAACUGAUGAUGAAAAUGAAAUUACAGUUGAAAUAACAGAAGAAAAAUCUGAAGAAAAAAGUCAAACUGAUAAACCAUUGACUCAUGGUUGGAAAGUGAUUGUUAGUACAGAAGAUGGAAUAAAGUACAAUGAUCCUAAGCAGAUAUAUCUAAUAGAUCAUGCUUGGACUUACUGUGUAAAAAAUGCACGUCAAAAUUUACAGGAAAAUGAGAAGUUGUUGAAAAGAAUGGCUUCAUUAAUGGAUAUUGAGGAAACAAAUUAUUCAUUAGAUGUAUUAAUUGAAAUAGUAUUGAAAGAAAUGUGGAGGUAUAAUCAAGCUUAUAGUAUUAGUGGAUUAGAAGGUGAUGAUGUUUCUCCAAUUUGGUAUAUAAUGGAUGAAUUUGGAUCAAGAAUACAACAUUGUGAUGAUCCUUCAUUUCGUGUGGUUCCAUUUUAUUAUUUGUUUACAGGAAUAAUAUUUUCAAUUAUGUUUCCUAUUAAAAUGCUUAAUUAUUACAAGCUUUUAAUUAUCAUUUACAUAAAAAUAUUUUAUGUAAAUUAUAGACAGCUUAGCCAAAUGCAUCCUCAUAAAUUUGUGAAUCAAUUUCCUUUUGAACACAUUCUAACAGUAAAGGAUUUAUUUGCAUCAGUAUGUCAGAGAGCUGCCGACAAUGUUAUAAAUGCAGAAACACUCGAAUCUUCUCCUCAGUGGCUUGCAACAACAUAUAAUUUGAAGACAGAACUUCCAAAAUUUGUGUCUUAUUAUCAACAAAGAGCAAAACGUGGUUUAGAUAACUAUUGGAUUUGCAAGCCUUGGAAUUUAGCAAGAGGUUUGGACAUGCACAUUACAGAUAAUUUAAAUUAUAUUCUACGACUACCAUCUACUGGUCCUAAGGUACUUUAA